CGGUGGCAGCCAAUCAGGGCCGUUCUCGUAGUAUGCUAGCGCGAGGUUGCGAUCCAGGCUUAGUAGUGAGCGGCGUGCGCAGGGCUCCACACUAGCUGAACAAUACAGGUAGGACCAGCAGCUCUGGGUGAUUCUCUCUCUCUCUCUCUCUCUAAACUUUCCCUGUAUCCCUGCCAGCCUUGGCCCCAGCAGCUCCCCUACCAACCACCCUCUAUUACCCACCCCAGCAGGUACCCCAUCUACCUCUUUAUCCAAACUUUUAUCCUUCUUUUUAUCCAUUAUUUCCAUCUCUGACUCCCUGCAUGCUGAUUAAUGUGUUUUGUUUAAACAUGUAUUUUAUUUAAAAAAAAAUUAUUAUAUAUAAUACUGAUUUAUGAUGUUACUGUAUAAAAUCUAUAUUUUGGCUUUUUUAUUUUUUUUAUAAUUAUUGCUCACUUUUUAAAAAAAAAAAUGUUUUUAUUUUUUUGUGUAUAUAAUUUUUUUUUUCUUCUUAAAUGUUAGAUUUCCUGGCAUUUAUAAUGUUUUACAUAGCAAAGAUGGUCGUCUAAUGUAUUGUAAAAGCCAUGCCCUCCCCUCCCCCACCUUAAUAGGCUGACUAAUUUUUUUUAAUUUUUAUUUGUAUUUAUUGUAUUUUGUGUUUAAUUGCUGCUAUAUGUGUAUUUUUUAUUUUUUGUAUGUGAUCUCCUGGGUCUCUCCAAAGCGUUGUUUUUGCAUUGUGCUGUCCUUUAGGAUUUUCCUCCCCCCCUCAUUUUUCUCCCCAAUCUGCAUUGGAUUUGAGAAAUGCAGGGCUGCCCCCCUUGGGCACCUAUUGUUGGGUACAGGCUGGCACCCCUGAGCUGGGUGCUGGGUGGCUGCAUUGCAAUGUCUCUGCAUUAACAUGGCUGUCCCUGUCAUCCGCUGCCUUGUUGUUUCCCUGUCUUGAGGAAGACGAGGGAGGGGGUGGGGAGAGGUCACCCUCUUGCCACCCUCCAAAUCCCCCCAGUGUACCCCAUUUCUGCCCCUUUUUGCUUGCCCUCCUGAUGCCCCCUCUAUGGGCUCCAUCCCUUCUCUGCAGCUGUGCCCUGUGACUCCCUUCAAUAACACAGCCUGCUGUAUACAGGGGAGAAUAGGGCUCUCCUGCUCUUUAACCUGUCCCCUUUAUCGGGGAGAGCGUCCCAGCGCCCCCAAACCCACCCCAGCCUAUUCCCCCACCCCAGCCCUUUCCAGUCAGCUCGGUUUUGGGGUUGUUUAUCCCCCCGAUCGCCCGUUUUUGUACUUUUAAAACGCCCUCCCCCCCCUCCUCCACCGCCGCCUCUAUUCCUGUAAUGGCUGAACACGGCUCUUUGUUAUACAUGGGAUUGCGCUAAGCCUCAGCGAGGAGGGAAGGGGGGCGCCUCACUAAACCUGCCCCGGGACCCCAUCUGAGCACCAUAGGGCUUUUAAAACCCCAGAUUCGGAUAGACAAGAGUCAGCCCUUUCACACCGUGUCUUUUAUUCGGUUAUCCGUUGCUGUCCGGCUGAGAGAUCCGAGCUGGAAGUCGGGCGGAGGCAGUGCAGUGUGUGUAUAGCAGUUCCUCUUGUGCCUAUGCAUAGAGAGAGAAGCCAUUUUAGUGAAUGGAGAACCCAUAGCAAAGAACAGCCAGGCUCGCUCUAUAUACUCCAUAGCAAGGCUAUAUACAGCCACGGCAGCCUACGGGACCGCAAAAUAAUGCCCAGUUAGCCCUUAUCGCGUCUCCCCACAGCCAGAUCUCCCACAGGGGCUUUAGAUGCUUACAUUUCAGGGGGACUUUCUUUCAUGAAGAAGCAUUUCACAAAAUGGAAGAUGAAUUAUUGGUGUCUUGGUGACCUGUCGUCUCUUUCCCUCCCAGUGCAGCCCUAUGCAGUGACUGGGGCUGUGUCUAACUCCAUCGGACACCAUGCCUGCAUGCAUCCCGGCACGGGGGGCACUCUCUGAACCCCACUUUAUUCAUUUAUUCCUCACUUUUUUAAUUCGAUUUUUUUUUUUUUAAACAUGUUUACACAGAUCCUGACCUUGGGUGUGGGGGAUGGGAAGGAUGGCAGGCAUAAAGGAACCCACUUUAUAUUUUGUAGUAAUUUUUAAUUCUUUAAUGAUUUUAAAAUUUACAUAUUAAUUAUACAAUAUUUCUAUAUAUUUUAAAUAACCUACUAUGGACUUGUUAAAGCAAGUUUAUGAGAAAUGUUAACAUGUUUUUAAACUCUUUUCAUUUUAAAUGUCUUUGUGGAUUCUUUUUUUGUUUUUAUGUGUGGUGUGUUUUUUCUUCUUCUCCUCCCUGCCACACUAGCAUUACAGUGCUUGGGACUGCUGUUUCGAACACUAAAUAGUUCGAAGGACACAUGUUUAUUCCUCUAACUGAGGUUUUUUUCUAGUCCUUUUAACAGAGAUUGAGGAUGGAUUCAGACUGCCUUUAACAUUUGAGGUUUAUUCUCUGAACUCUUAUAAUUCAGAUGCCCCGUUUUAGGCUAAAUGAGCUGUGUUGUGUUGUGUUUUUUUUUUUUUUUUUUAUAUUCUUCAGCUUAUACUAGCUGCUUAGCUAUUAAGAGUUUUUUGUUAGACUGUUAUGUGUAUUACAUAUAUUUUAUAUAUAUUUAUUUAUUUUUUUUAGUUGCAAAAUGGCAAAAGGUGAUCCGAAGAAGCCGAAAGGCAAGAUGUCUGCUUAUGCCUACUUUGUGCAGACAUGUCGUGAGGAGCACAAGAAGAAGAACCCUGAAAUUCCUGUCAACUUUGCAGAGUUCUCCAAGAAAUGCUCAGAGAGAUGGAAGGUAUGUUGUGUCCUCAGUAUGCACACAGUCCACUCAAUUUUAGAUCUGCUGAACUUUCCUAAAUUACAAUUUUCUCUUAUUUGUAUUUUUCCCCUCUUCCAUUCAGAUAAUGUCAGCCAAGGAAAAAUGCAAAUUUGAGGAUCUGGCAAAACAAGAUAAAGUGCGAUAUGACCGGGAGAUGAAAGACUUUGGACCUGUCAAGGGAAGCAAGAAGAAGAAGGAUCCUAAUGCUCCUAAAAGACCACCGUAUGUACACUUAUUUAUUUUCUCUUUUCACUAGUUCUUGUUGAAUUUUCCUCUUUAAAAAAAAUAAAAAAUUGUAUGUUAACAGUAUCUCUUUUGUCCUAGAUCUGGAUUUUUCCUGUUCUGCUCAGAAUUCCGUCCUAAAAUAAAAUCCACAAAUCCUGGCAUCUCUAUUGGUGAUGUAGCAAAAAAACUGGGUGAGAUGUGGAAUAACUUGAGUGACAGUGAGAAGCAGCCCUACAAUAAUAAGGCCGCUAAACUGAAGGAAAAGUAUGAGAAGGUAAGGAUUGCGUGCGGAUAUAUAUUUAUUUAGAAUUGUAUCCAGUUGUUAAUUUGCACUUAAAAAAAUGUAAAAAAACAUCAAUUUAAUUUUUUUUUUCUUUACCCUUCCCAAGGAUGUUGCGGACUACAAGUCCAAAGGUAAAGUUGAUUGCGCUAAGGUUGCUCCUAAAGUUGCCCGGAAAAAGGUUGAGGAAGAUGAUGACGACGAUGAUGAAGAGGAUGAGGAAGAUGAAGAGGAUGAAGAUGAUGAUGAAUAAAGAAGUUGUAUAUUCUGUCCAUGUGAAUACCAUAGAGUAGGGGAACCGCCACCUGUUGCUGUCUUACAUGAUGGUCAACUACCCUCAUUAGGUUUAAUUGCAAAAUUGGGUUCUGAUCAUAGUUUCAACAAAAAAGCUCAUGGAGUUGCAACAGGUUUACAUUAUGUAGCCAUGUCUUUAAAACGAGCAAUCUGAAACUGUAUCAAAGUUGUAUAUAUUUCCAAACAUUUUUAAAAAUGAAAAGGCGCUAUAGUGUUCUCCUUACUCUGUGCACUUUGCUGUUGGUGUAACAAAGCAUUUAAAAAUGUUUCAAGCAUUUUUAUUUUUUUUAUUUAAGGUGUUACUAAAUGUUUUUUUGAUUUAGAAAAUCCUGGGUUCUAAACUGUACAUAUCUAAUCUGUAAACUAGACCAGUUCCUAAUGGUGCAUAUUUUUGGAGUGGUUGGUACUUCAAGGUUUAAACUUUCCUGGAUUUUAACACCUUCCUAGGGUUUGCCUUUGAGGCCAAAAGCAUGCACGUUGAGAUCAAUUUUUACACUACAUUAGGCGUCAGUUUAGCUCUUUUCUUUUUUUUCCUUUCUGUAUAUAGUGAAAUAGCAUUCUGCCAUUGGUUGUCAAAGGGGUUCAGCUGGCAUGAGAAACAUGGAUUAUUUUUUUUUAAUAAAAAAAAAUAGUUAAGUGCAGUAGUUUUUAAACUAAGACUGUAUUCAUGUCUUCCCUGAAUAAAGUGAAGAUUGAGUACAGUAUCUGGAAGUUCAAAAACAUUCUGUACAUUUACCUUACUUGCAUUGGUUUUUUUUGUUCUGUUUUAUUUUUUGUCUAGAAUGCUGAAAUGUUUUUGAAGCAAAAUAAAACAGUAUUACAUUUUUAAGACUGUUCUUGACAAGAUUCUAACUGACAUGUUGGUUUUACUGUAAUCUAGUCACAGGUUGUCUUGCUGUAUCUGAAGGCUGCUGUUUACUUGGCACAUAAAGCUGGUUUAUUGUAUUGCUUUUAUUUAGCAGCACUAAUUAAAAAAAAUAAAAAUAAAAAAUCACUAGAUGCAAACUUGCAAAAUAAGUAAUGACUCGCUCUACCAGUUAGAGGUUUUUGCAACUCUAAAUAUAAUCUGGCCACUGCCCGAAAAGUUUGCAUAGUUAACUGUGCCUUACACUUUCCCUUAAAGUGUAUCCACAAGAUUGGAAGUUUAUACUAGUCUGGCUAGUAAGUCUUAUUGCUUAUAUGAUUGUUUGGACUAGUAACCACCACCCAACUUUUUGUUUUCUACAAAAAUCUUUUUAUCACUUCAGUUUAUUUACAACCUCUUUUGUGGCCCAUGCUACAGGUUUCAUAUUGUAUUCUCCUGUUUUUCAGAAUUGUUUUGGAACUGUUACAGUAUAUACAUGUAAAACUUUUCAUAGUUUAAAUAUGGAAUAUUAAAACAACUUUAACUCCAGGUAAAGGUUUGCUAUAACUAAUCUUUUGUAUUUGGAGUACUUGUUUCCUUAUUUAAAGACUACAAAAAUAAACUAGUCCUAUUCUGACCAUUUGGUAACUUGCUGUUCUAAGGAAGUAUGUGGCAUAGUCAAGACAAUAAUUCAGAAUAAUUUUGUUAAACCACCACAGCAUCUUGAAGGCAGAUAUCCACUUUCCGCAAAGCCCUAGUGUCUUGUUUAAUGCUAUAGUGAUGGUACUCUUAUUUAAUGCAGUGCCAUUUCUGCCUCUUAUCAAAUUAUUACUGUCUAUUCAGGGAAUAUUACAACUAAUAUAAUAUACUUGAGGGUUUUUAAGUCUGAACAGCUUAACUAUAUUAUCUAUCUGUGGCAUAACUUGGAACAGCAAGGUGAUUGACUGAGCUCCUACUUGCCAAUACUGUGUAACACACAAUGGGGUGUAUUAAAGACACUAAUGUAGAUCACAGUUCAGAAUUUCCACUCUCCAUUGGUGAGUGAAAAUCUAUUCCUUGUGGGUGUGACAUGGUUUCUCAAGGCUUGCAGUGGUGCCCAAAAGGUAGCUCCCCAGACGUAGAACUAAAACGUCCAUGAUUCUUUGCAUGUCUUUUAGAAUGACAGAGCAUCAUGGAAGCUGACGUGUUAAAACUUCUGGGGAUAUAACUUUUGGGUACCCCCUGGGUAGUAGCAUUGGCUUAGAAAUUUUAAGCUCUGGUCUAAAUGAAAUGAUAAACCCCUAGACUACAUAAGACAAAGUCCUGAUCUCCCAUCCAGGACUGACAACUUACUUGGCCUCGCAAAUCAUUUUGUUUAACAUGACACCCAUUCAUUGUCUUGAGUCCCUGUGAGUGUAUGGCUGUAUUUAUUUUGACUUGCAGAGAUGUAAGGGUGUUGUGCUCUGCUCAGUGCAACCAACAGGAAGUGUCCAGAGCUCCCUAUUAACUACACCUGCUGGCGGUAAAGACCUGCUUUGUGUUAUAACAAGCUGCAAUUUCACCCCGCAUCAUUAAUAAUUUUUUUUUUUCCCCCUCCUCUCUGGGCAUCUACCUCCCACCUGUCCCAAUCUAUUUUUGAUCAGUCUUGAAUUUUUCAAACAAAACCGUAAUUUAUGCAAGGUUACUCCUUGUUUGAAAUUUGUUUACCCCUAUCUAAAACUGUGUUGUAGUAAACCUUGCUGUGGUUUACACUCCCAUCCUUUAAAAAAAGAAAAAUUAAUUCAGAGUUUAGCCAAGUGCACUCUGCAGCCUGAUCAUUCACCUGUGACAUUACAAACCCCCCUCACCAGAGUGUGAAGGAUUUCAGAGGGACCGUUUAGAAUGGCACCACUGGAGGGGAGAUCUGUCACCAGCAUGCUGUGUUGAAGACGGAUAUAUUUUAUGCACAGGUUUGAAGCUGCUCUGGUACUAAUUUUAUUUAUAUUGCUCCAAUGUGGUUUGACGUAGGUUUUUGCUUUAGCAAGUUGUACAUUUGGAAAAGUAGUAAAUACUCUUCCUUGUGUAGAAACCCCAGCUUGACAAAAGGUGGAGAUUUCAAUCAAGCUCCAUGUCAGGGUCUACUUCAUCAGUGACCAAAUCUUACCUCCUUCCAGCAAUGAUGCUUGCAAGAUACUGAUAAUUUUUGUGUGCAUGGUUUGGGGGGGGUGGGUAGAGGAAGAGACUUACGGCAACCACCAUAGUGGAUUUGCCAAUAUGGAUGAAGAUCUGGCAGGACACUAAACUGUAAGUAGCAGUAGGUAGUAAGACAGGGUAGGAUGGUAGAGCUUCUUGGAACAUUAGCCACUAGUACUUUUGUUGAUGGAUGGGCUAACAAUGCUGUUAAAUGUGGACCUACAAAUCUGGCAGCUUCACCCAACAUCUCAAUAGGUGCAGUGUAUCUUACUGAAACCCUGCACAUACAGACUCCAUGCAACAUAACCACUUAAAGUCUCUGAAAUGUUUAUGGUGCUUAGAAUAACUUGUUAAAGGGGUAAUUUAGAUAUUGCAUUAAACAAAGGCUUAGCUGUUUUUGCAAUGAUCUUCUACCAAUCCUACUGUUCUUAUAAAUUUCUAUGGAAAUGCUGAGCAUAACCUUUACUACUUGGAGCAAAACUCCACCCCCUCCAGUAAUCAAACUUUGAAUACAAACACCCUCCCCUACCAGCAUAAGAUGUUGAUUGCUUGCUGCUGAAGUCCUAAUUAUUUAACAAUGUACUGAGUGGAAUCUUGAUCCAAUAAUGACCCUAAACCAUAUUAAAAAUGUAUAUUCAUAUUUCUUUUGGUCAUGGCUACAUUUUUACUUGCGAGUGGAGCUUAGGCCAGCUCUGGUGUGAUUUGCCAUCCGGUGACGACUACCUCUACCAUCAAAAAUAUCCUAUAAGUGGGGGAUUAAUUACCACUGAAUGAUUCUUUCAAUUAAAAAGACUAGCCAGGGAAUCAUGAGAGUUGUAGUUAAGCAACAUCUGGGGGGGCCGCAGGUUGGACAUACCUGCUCUAGGACAUGUG